AUGGCUCGAAUUGCAGGAGUUGAUCUCCCUAAAAAUAAAAGAAUUGAAAUUGGGUUAACUUAUAUAUAUGGUAUAGGUUUAUCUCGCUCUCAAGAAAUAUUGGAAAAAAUUCAUCUUGAUGGCAAUAUUUUAGUACACAAUUUAAAUGAUACACAAAUAGUUGCGAUUCGAGAUAUUUUAAAUAAUGAAUAUCAAAUUGAAGGGGAUCUACGAAGAGUUGAAUCUAUUAAUAUUAAACGGUUAAUGGAAAUUAACUCUUAUAGAGGAAAAAGACAUAGAACUGGGUUACCAUUAAGAGGUCAAAGAACAAGAACUAACGCAAGAACACGCAGAGGCACAAAAAAAACCAUGACAGGUAAAAAGAAAGCUCCACGUAAAUAG